UCCACAGCAACAGCCCAAUCCACAUCCCCAGGCAGCACAACCCGCUACUGGGACUGCUGCAAACCCUCCUGCGCCUGGCCAGGCAAAGCCUCCCUGGCCACCGGCCCCGCAACAACCUGCGACCGCAACGACAACCCCCUCUCAGACGGCGGCGCCACCCGCAGCGGAUGCGAUUCCGGCGGCAGCGCCUACAUGUGCAGCGCGCAGUCGCCCUGGGCCGUGUCCGACGACCUGAGCUACGGCUGGGCCGCCGUGCGCAUCACUGGGGGCACGGAGGCGCAGUGGUGCUGCGCGUGCUACGAGCUUACGUUCACGAGCGGCGCCGUGGCGGGGAAGAAGAUGGUUGUGCAGGCUACGAAUACGGGUGGUGAUUUGGGGCAGAAUUACUUUGAUAUUGCGAUCCCCGGCGGCGGCGUGGGCCAGUUCAACGCCUGCACGGAUCAGUACGGAGCGCCGGCCAACGGGUGGGGCCAGCGGUACGGCGGCGUCAGCUCCCGGGCCGAGUGUGACGGGUUCCCGGCGAAGCUCAAGGCCGGGUGUUACUGGCGCUUCGACUGGUUCCAAAGUGCCGAUAACCCGAGCGUCUCCUUCCGUCAGGUGACUUGCCCGGCUGAGAUCACCAAUAAGAGCGGCUGUAGGCGCCAGUGA